AAGAAACAAACGUGAGAAGAAUCAAAGUAACAAGCGAUAUGAUGAGAUUGUCUACGUAAUGAAACAACUAAAGAAGAGAAAAAAAUGGGAAUAAGCCGUUGCAUUUCCCUCCACACGUUCUUGUUACCUUAUCUUCAAGCUACUUCUCUCCACUUUUCCUUUCAUUUUUUUCCCUCCAAAUAAAACAAAACAACCACUAGCCUGAAUUUCCCACUUACACUGCCACCACCAUCACCACUUCAAUUCUCAAUAACCACCAUCAUGUUCACGGCUAGCAAACUAGCCUUCACAUUAACAUCACCUCGUCCACGCACUGCACCUACCCCGACAACACCCUUGGUUCCAAUCUCUUCAUUGUCCUCUUCUUCUGGUGUUCACUUCAUUCAGUUCAAUGGCCGCCACUUAUGCCUUCGCCGCAGGUUGUUUCUACUGACCCCUAAGGCCACUGCAGAUAAAGAAGGCAAGGUUGAAGAAUUUGAAGAAGAUGCAGUUGAUAGUAAAAUCCUCCCAUAUUGUAGCAUAGACGGAAAAGAGAAGAAAUCAAUUGGUGAACUUGAGCAAGAGUUUCUUCAAGCACUGCAAGCAUUUUAUUAUGAGGGAAAGGCUAUCAUGUCCAAUGAAGAGUUUGAUAAUCUCAAGGAAGAACUCAUGUGGGAAGGAAGCAGCGUUGUCAUGCUAAGCUCGGAUGAACAAAAAUUUCUAGAAGCUUCUAUGGCUUAUGUAUCUGGAAAUCCAAUCAUGGGUGACAAAGAGUAUGAUGAAUUGAAACGGAGGCUAAAGAUGGAAGGGAGUGACAUUGUGGUCGAGGGUCCAAGGUGCAGUCUGCGUAGUAGAAAGGUUUACAGUGACCUAUCUGUGGACUAUUUAAAGAUGUUCCUGCUGAAUGUCCCAGCUACUGUGAUUGCAUUAGGAUUGUUCUUCUUCCUUGAUGAUCUGACUGGAUUUGAGAUCACAUAUCUGCUAGAGCUGCCAGAGCCUUUUAGUUUCAUUUUCACUUGGUUUGCUGCCGUUCCCCUCAUUGUGUGGAUAGCUCAGUCAAUAACAAGCGCCAUAAUAAAAGACUUUUUGAUUUUAAAGGGUCCUUGUCCAAAUUGCGGUACUGAAAAUACCUCUUUCUUUGGGACAAUACUGUCAAUUUCUAGUGGUGGUUCCAGCAACACUGUCAAAUGCUCUAACUGUGGCACUGCAAUGGUAUAUGAUUCAAGUACAAGAUUGAUUACAUUACCGGAAGGAAGCAAUGCCUAAGUGGAGGUAUACCUGAAAACCAUAUUUAUUGUUCCAGCAAUGGUCAUGAAGUCUUGUUAUCAUUGUCACACACAAUUGGUGUCAUCUUAACUGUAUGUGCCACCAUCCUACUUGUAAGUAUAUGAGCUUUGUAUACUUGUAAGUAAUAUGGACUUUGUAUAGCAUGCACUGGAUUGUCUACUCGAAGAGUUGAGCUAAGAGGGUGUUUAACACCAUCGAUGAGUCUAAUCUAAAAUAACGUGCGUAAGGAUUAUUUGUCACACACUACUGUGACCAGAACCUUUACAUCCGCAGGAAUAUCAAGAACAAUAAGGAAAAUUGGCAAUAUUUAAGUAAUUAAUGCUAAUUAACUAU